UUCUCGAAAUGGCGCGUGUACUGUUCGCGUCUUCUUUUACUGUAGCAAAUGACUACAGCUAGGCAACUCAAUCUAAACCCUUAAGACAAAAUCCGUGUCUGAAUCUCAAACCACACACUCAUCUCGAAGCAAGCAAAGCUCUCCACUACUCGAUUAAGAAGAAGCCGCCUUAGAGAAACGAAGUACUCUGAACUUUAACUUCUCCUUACAGCCCAACUACUCUCGAAUUGAAGACCAUGUCGGAGAAAACAACUUCCUCUUUUAUUAUGAAUGAUUUGAGCCCCUACAGUCCUAUAGACAGUGUCGACACAACAACUUAUGACUGGAAACUGAGAGUAAGAGUGCAAUCAUUCUGGAAGAGCCUGAGCAGAGAGAAACAGGAAUUUUGGGGAGUUAACAUGCUACUAAUUGAUGACUCGAAUGGUAGAGUUCAUGCUUUUGCCAAUUCCAAAUACUGUGGUGACUUGCUGAAGGAGAUAAAAGAAGGAGAAAUUUAUGUUAUCUCCAAUUUUAAAGUAAAAGAUUAUUUGGGAGAUGAGAAAUACAGAGCUGUACGCAGCAAAAAACAUAUUUUUUUCACUCCUCACACACUCUUCAAGAAAGCCACAGAUGUUGGACUACCAAUUGAGUUGUAUGCUUUUGACUUAUUCCAUUAUGAUGCAAUUGAAAAGCUUGCAGACGACAAUCGGUUUUUAAUUGAUAUGGCUGGCAAGGUGAUAAAUGUGCAAGACCUAAUCAAAAUCAAAAAAAAUGAUGAAGAAAAAACUCUCUUCAAGUUUCAAAUCUCCAAUGGAAGCUCUACUGUGCACGUCACCUUUUUUGAUCAGUUUGGAGAAUUAGCGGAGAAGGAUUUUGGCAACGCGGACCGCAGGAAUCUUUAUGUUAUAAUAUCCUGUGCGAAAGUUGGUCGCUAUGAAGGUCUGCCACAUUUGUCAAACUACCCUGCCACAAGAGUUUAUAUCAAUCCUAAACACUAUUGCAUAAAUGAGUUGAAAAGAAGUAUUUCUGAGAAAAAAAAUGAACCUGUUGUGGUUGAGAUGGUUGAGAUACCAGAGGAGGAGGAGGUCGUUGUUGAAAUGCCAAGGAAAAUAUUCAAAGUUAAGGAUAUAAAAUCCUUACCUAAAGAUUUCGGAGAGGAUAGCAUCUUUUGUGAAGUCACGGUCAAAAGGAUUACUGAUAACAAAAAUUGGUACUUCAGGAAGUGUACAGGCUGUGAUUUAGAACUGGAACUUGAGCAUGGAAAAUUCAUAUGUUCACGUCCUAAUGGUUGUGGUCGAAUAAUCCCAUACCCAGAUAAGAGGUUCCGGUUGUGCACUCUAUGCUCAGACGAAAGUGGUUCGGUUGCAAUUAUCUUCCUAGAUCACGAGAUUACAAAACUGAUUGAUAAAACAGUGAUUGACCUACAUGCUGAUUGUAGUGAUGAAGCCGAGGAGGAAAAAUUUCCAGAAAUUCUGAACAUGUUCCUCAAGCAGAAAUAUACCAUCAACCUUUCUGUCAACCUGGAAAAUGUUGAAAAAGGUUCGACUGUUUUCCAUGCAAAGGAAAUUCUGCAGGCACAGGAAAAAGGGGACAGCUUUGAUCCGAAUAGUGCAACUGUGGUUGAAAUCGGAGAUAUUUCCUUGGUCAAUGAAUCUGGGACGGAGCAAAAUGCAAAUGAAACUCCAAACACUGAGAAGUCAACCAACAUGAAAACGAGACCACGAAAUAUUUCCGAAUCUUUGUCUUUCAAUCCUACUGAUGCAUCCGUUUCUCCUCUGGUGAAGAAAAUUAAAGUGGAGAAGAUUUCUAAAUGAGAAUCUCGGUCAUCAAUGUUGCCAUCCAACAAGUUCAAUGGUGGUCAUCAUCUUUUGUGUUUAUUUCAGUUCAGCUCAUGUACUAGAACAAACUAAUUUGGUCACUAUCUGUACUUUUUAUUUUCAACUAUUAAGGUCUGUAAUAUUGUGAACAUAUUUUUGUUGCUGUCACAACUACAUGGUUAUGUUUGAACUAUAUGGUUCUAUUGGCACUACUGUUCAGUUUGUCACAUAAAUGCAUAUUCUGUUAGGUGUAAAAAUUUAAUU